CCCCACUGCACAACGGCUUGGUUGUAGAGAAAAGCCACGGUGCCCGCGCGCAAUCACUGUCUUUCUCUCGUUACCGCUCCCUCUCCUCCCUCUCCGGCACACUGUACUCGCACCGCACACCCUGCUGCCGCUCCCUCACCGCACUUCUGACGGCGCUGCACACACGCCCUCACACUUCACACCACCCGAUAGCAGACGCGAGCUCUGUACACUGCCGAUCCGCAACGAGCGACACCAACCCCAUCCUCGAACCAUUCGGCAUUACGCCGAUAGAAUGGGUCGAGUCUCCUUCGCCGACGAUGUAAAGCCACCAGCCGACGACCACGAGAUUGAAGAAGAGCCCGUCAAUGUCUAUCCUUACCAGAACACGCCCGAGAAUAAGUCAUGGGCUGGUGCGCUGCCAUUGAAGCAGGGUCUUUACGACCCAGAGCUUGAGAAGGAUGCUUGCGGUGUCGGUUUCGCUGCCCACAUCAAGGGCAAGCCGAGCCACAAAAUCGUCACAGAUGCACGCAACCUGCUCUGCAACAUGACCCAUCGAGGUGCGGUGGGUUCAGAUGCACGAGACGGUGAUGGCGCUGGCGUCAUGACUUCCAUCCCACACAAGUUUUUCGUCAAAAACUUUGAGCGAGAGCAGGGUUUCCAGCUACCAGAGCUUGGCAAAUACGCCGUGGGCAACGUUUUCUUCAAGCCUGAAGAGGAGGCAUUGAAGGAGACGCUCGCACAAUUCGAAGACAUUGCAGACCAACUCGACCUGCGGGUGCUUGGGUGGCGAGAGGUGCCAAAGGACAGCACACUCCUCGGCCCAGCAGCCAGCUCGCGAGAGCCGAUCAUUCUGCAGCCUUUCGUUGUCUCCAAGUCAGUCUACGGCACAGGGAAGGAAGUUCCAGCCGACUUCAACGAGAAGUACGACGAGCAGGUGUUCGAGAGACAGCUGUACGUGCUCCGAAAGCGUGCAACCCACAUUAUUGGUCUGCACAACUGGUUCUACAUUUGCUCUCUGAGCAACAAGAACAUUGUCUACAAGGGACAGCUUUCGCCAGUUCAGGUCUACGACUACUACCAUGAUCUGGUCAACGUCGAUUACGAGGGUCACUUUGCAUUGGUGCACUCUCGAUUCUCGACCAACACAUUCCCAUCUUGGGACAGAGCCCAGCCACUCCGAUGGGCAGCACACAACGGAGAAAUCAACACGCUUCGAGGCAACAAGAACUGGAUGCGUGCUCGCGAGGGUGUGCUCAAGUCCGAGUGGUUCGGCGAUGAUCUGGAAUCGCUCUACCCAAUUAUCGAGGAUGGCGGCUCUGAUUCUGCUGCUUUUGACAACGUUCUCGAGCUGCUUACGAUCAACGGCGUCCUCUCUCUGCCAGAAGCCGUGAUGCUGAUGGUGCCCGAGGCAUGGCAGGGCAACGAGACCAUUGAUGGUGCGAAGCAAGCCUUCUACGAGUGGGCAGCAUGCAUGAUGGAGCCUUGGGACGGUCCAGCCCUCUUCACAUUCUCGGAUGGCCGCUACUGCGGUGCCAACCUUGACCGAAAUGGUCUGCGUCCUUGCAGAUACUACGUUCUCGAUGAUGAUCGCAUCAUUUGCGCAUCUGAAGUUGGCACCAUCACCAUUGAUCCAUCUACCGUCGUCCAAAAGGGCAGACUGCAGCCAGGACGCAUGCUUUUGGUCGAUACGCAGGCAGGCAGAAUCAUCGACGAUGCUGAGCUCAAGGAGACUGUGUCAUCUCGCCAGGACUUCAGAUCUUGGCUCGACGCACAGCUGCUUGUUCUGCCAGACAUCUACAAGAAGCUGUUGGACAACGGCACAGACCUGUCCUUCAAGCUCACAGACACCACAGUCAAUGAUGACCCAAGACUGAAAGCAUUUGGCUACUCUUUGGAGCAAGUGUCUCUUCUUCUUGCUCCCAUGGCUGCAGACUCCAAGGAAGCUCUUGGAUCCAUGGGUAACGACGCACCUUUGGCAUGCUUGGCACAGCAGCCACGUCUGCUCUACGAAUACUUCCGUCAGCUGUUCGCGCAGGUCACGAACCCACCUAUCGAUCCAAUUCGUGAGGCGGUCGUCAUGUCGUUGGGCUCCUACGUUGGUCCACAAGGCAACUUGCUCGAAAUCAACAAGGAGCAGUGCCACCGACUCUACCUUCCAUCGCCAAUGCUCUCGGUUGAGGAGUUCAACGCACUCAACCAGAUCCCGUCUGUGCACCCAGACUGGAGCGUGGCCACCAUCGACAUCACCUUCCCCAAGAAGGAGGGCAUUGCUGGUUACUACGAAGCUCUCGACCGCAUCUGCGAGGCUGCAGGCGAGGCCAUCGAGAACGGUGACAAGAUCAUUGUUCUCUCUGACCGCAAGACUUCUACCGACCGCGUUCCUGUGUCUGCACUUCUCGCCACCGGUAUGGUCCACCACCACUUGGUCCGCAACCGAUGGCGUGCUCAGGCUGCGCUCGUUGUCGAGACUGCUGAGGCUCGUGAGGUGCACCACAUGUGUGUCCUCGUUGGUUAUGGCGCUGACGCGGUCUGCCCAUACCUCGCCAUUGAGUGCAUUCUGAAGCUUGAUCGCGAGGGUCUGAUUCGCAAGAAGAUUAGCCCAGAGAAGCUCAUUGACAACUACAAGCACUCUUGCGACGGUGGUAUCCUGAAGGUCAUGUCCAAGAUGGGUAUCUCGACCCUCCAGUCCUACAAGGGCGCACAGAUUUUCGAGGCUCUUGGUAUCGAUGACUCUGUCGUCGACCGCUGCUUCACUGGAACUGCCACUCGUAUCAAGGGUAUGACUUUCGAGCUCAUUGCUCAGGACGCCUUCGCUCUUCACGAGAAGGGUUACCCAUCCCGUGACAUUCGCGAGAUUCCAGGUCUUGCUGAGACCGGAGAGUACCACUGGCGUGACGGUGGUGAGCCACACGUCAACGACCCAGUCUCGAUCGCGAACAUCCAGGAUGCUGUCCGCAACAAGAACGACAAGUCCUACGAGGCAUACUCCCGAUCGGAGUACGAGCAGAUCAAGAACUGCACACUUCGUGGACUGCUCGACUUCGACUUCGAGGCUACUACUCCCAUCCCAAUCGAGCAGGUCGAACCAUGGACUGAGAUUGUGCGCCGCUUCGUCACUGGUGCCAUGUCGUACGGUUCCAUCUCCAUGGAGUCUCACUCCACCCUCGCUGUCGCCAUGAACAGACUUGGCGGCAAGUCCAACACCGGUGAAGGUGGUGAAGACCCAGAGCGAAGUUUGCCAAUGGAGAACGGCGACACCAUGAGAUCUGCCAUCAAGCAGAUUGCUUCUGGACGUUUCGGUGUCACCAGCAACUACCUUGCCGAUGCUGAUGAGCUUCAAAUCAAGAUGGCUCAAGGAGCCAAGCCUGGUGAAGGUGGUGAGCUUCCUGGACACAAGGUCUCGGGCCCCAUCGCCAAGACUCGUCACUCCACUCCAGGUGUCGGUCUCAUCUCUCCUCCACCUCACCACGACAUUUACUCCAUCGAGGAUUUGAAGCAGUUGAUCUAUGACUUGAAGUGCUCCAAUCCUCGAUCACGAGUUUCUGUCAAGCUUGUCUCCGAGACUGGUGUCGGUAUCGUGGCGUCUGGUGUCGCCAAGGCCAAGGCUGACCACAUUCUGAUUUCUGGACACGACGGAGGUACCGGAGCCUCACGAUGGACUGGUAUCAAGUAUGCCGGUCUGCCAUGGGAGUUGGGUCUCGCCGAGACUCACCAGACCUUGGUCCUCAACGACCUUCGUGGUCGUGUCAUUGUGCAGACUGAUGGUCAACUCCGUACUGGCCGUGAUGUCGCACUCGCCUGUUUGCUCGGUGCUGAGGAGUUUGGCUUCGCUACAACUCCUCUUAUCGCCAUGGGCUGCAUUAUGAUGAGAAAAUGCCACUUGAACACCUGCCCGGUCGGUAUCGCCACUCAGGAUCCUGAGCUCAGGAAGAAAUUCAAGGGUACGCCCGAGCAUGUGAUCAACUUUUUCUACUACGUCUCGAACGAAUUGCGUGCAGUCAUGGCCAAACUUGGAUUCCGCACGGUCAACGAGAUGGUCGGCCACACAGAGAUGCUCAAGGUUCGCGAGGACCUUCGCAAUGCAAAGACUGAGAACAUCGAUCUCAGCUUGAUCUUGACUCCAGCCCACACCUUGCGAUCUGGUGUUGCUACCUACAACGUCCGCAAGCAGGACCACAAGCUUCACACUCGCUUGGACAACAAGCUCAUCUCCGAGUCCGAGCUGGCUCUCGAGAAGGGUCUGCCAUGCCGCAUUGAGUGCGACAUUGUCAACACUGAUCGUGCACUUGGCGCAACUCUGUCUUACCAGAUCAGCAAGCGCUACGGCGAGAAGGGUCUGCCAAACGACACGAUCCACGUCAACAUCCGUGGCUCGGCUGGUCAGUCUUUUGGUGCUUACCUUGCACCAGGUGUGACACUCGAGCUCGAGGGAGACUCCAACGACUAUGUCGGAAAGGGUCUGUCUGGUGGUCGCCUGAUCGUGUACCCAUCCCGCACGUCGGUCUUCAAGGCGGAAGAGAACGUCAUCAUCGGUAACGUUUGCUUGUACGGUGCCACUGCCGGUACUUGCUUCUUCCGCGGUGUUGCUGCUGAGCGUUUCGCUGUCCGCAACUCUGGUGUCACUGCCGUCGUCGAGGGUGUUGGUGAUCACGGUUGCGAGUACAUGACUGGUGGUCGCAUUGUCGUUCUCGGCAGCACUGGUCGCAACUUUGCUGCUGGUAUGUCCGGAGGUAUUGCCUACGUUCUCGACCUGCACAAGGACUUCGAGGGUAAGGUCAACCAGGAGAUGGUUGAGCUCUCUGGUCUCGAGGACCCACAUGAGAUUGCCUUCCUGCGCGGUCUCAUUGAGGAUCACCACCACUACACUGGCUCCGAGCUGGCUGCCCGUAUCCUGCUCGACUUCAACCGUGCUCUGCCACACUUUGUCAAGGUCCUCCCAACCGACUACAAGCGUGUUAUGGAAGAGGAGGCACAGAAGAAGGCUGCUGCCGCAAAAGCAGAGUACCCUCUGCCAAUUCUCCCAGGCAAUGCCGUGCGCAACCUCCACGAGACCUCCCGUGAGCACGAACACGCCGCUGAGAAGAAGAAGGCCAGCCUUGGCGAUCUCGAGGAGAGUGUGUCUGACGCCGCCCGCGAGAAGAAGCGAUCGCUCGUUCUCGACAAGACCAAGGGCUUCAUGAAGUACCAACGCCGUGCAGAGAAGUACCGACCUGCAAAGACGAGGACUCGCGAUUGGGCUGAGCUCAGCAGCCGUCUCAACGAGGAUGAGCUCAAGUACCAGACUGCCCGAUGCAUGGACUGUGGUGUGCCAUUCUGCCAGUCUGACACUGGUUGCCCAAUCUCCAACAUUAUUCCAAAGUGGAAUGAAUUGGUGUUCCAAGGUCAAUGGAAGGACGCCUUGAACAGGCUGCUCAUGACCAACAACUUCCCAGAGUUCACAGGUCGUGUCUGCCCAGCUCCUUGCGAGGGUGCUUGCGUUCUCGGCAUCAACGAGGACCCAGUUGGCAUCAAGUCCGUCGAGUGCGCCAUCAUCGAUCGUGGUUUCGAGAUGGGCUGGAUGGUGCCAACACCACCAAAGAUCCGCACCGGCAAGAAGGUUGCCAUCAUUGGAUCUGGUCCAGCCGGUCUUGCUUGCGCCGAUCAACUCAACAAGGCCGGUCACUCGGUCACCGUCUAUGAGCGCUCUGACCGCGUCGGUGGUCUGCUCAUGUACGGUAUCCCUAAUAUGAAGCUCGACAAGAACGUUGUCCAGCGCCGUGUCGACUUCAUGGCUGCUGAGGGUAUUGAGUUCAAAACUGGUAUCUUCGUUGGCGAGGGCGACGUCACUAUGGGCUCUCUGCGCAAGGAGAACGACGCCGUGGUCAUGGCCACUGGCUCGACUCUUGCUCGUGACCUCAAGAUUCCAGGCCGCGACCUCAACGGCAUACACUUUGCCAUGCAAUUCUUGCACAAGAACACCAAGUCGCUCCUCGACUCUGAGCUUGCCGACGACGCCUACAUUUCGGCCAAGGGCAAGAACGUCAUUGUCAUCGGAGGUGGUGACACUGGUAACGACUGCAUUGGUACCUCCGUCCGUCACGGUGCCAAGUCGGUCAUCAACUUUGAGCUUCUGCCACAGCCACCAGCCCAACGUGCCAACGAUAACCCAUGGCCACAAUGGCCCCGUAUCUACCGUGUCGACUACGGUCACACCGAGGUCAAGACCCACAUGGGCCGUGACCCACGUGAGUUCUGCAUCAUGUCCAAGGACUUCGUCGAUGACGGUAGCGGAAACGUCAAGGGUGUCAACAUCAAGCGUCUGGAGUGGACCAAGAACUCCAGCGGUGGUUGGGACAUGAAGGAGAUCCCGGGCAGCGAGGAGUUCUUCCCAGCUGAGCUCAUCCUCAUCUCCAUGGGUUUCUUGUCCCCAGAAGACAAGGUCUUCGAGGGCCAGAUCGAGCUCGACGGCCGCAAGAACAUCAAGACCCCUCCAGGACACUACACCACCAACAUUGAUGGUGUCUUUGCCGCUGGUGAUUGCCGACGUGGUCAAUCUCUCAUCGUCUGGGGCAUCAACGAGGGCCGCAUGUGCGCACGCGACGUCGACUCUUACCUCACUGGUGUUGGCACCAUGCUUCCAGUCACUGGUGGUAUCGUCAAGCGACCACCAUACGAGCUCCUCUCCAAGCAACAGGACGCACCAAAGGAGCUCAUCACUGCUGCCGCAUAAAUCAGCAGUACAGCAGACUGAUACAAGUUUACUUUUCAGCAUUGUCGAUUUUCCCGCACAUACGGAGCGGUUUUCAGGUCUUACUCCGCCCCUACAGAUACCCUUUUGAAAGCGUUACGAGAAAUCAUAGAGGAAAAUUGGCAUGGGCUUUGGCAUCAUGGGGCGGACAUCCGCCAUAGAUGCCCUAUGCAUUAAUCCGAGAGCACGUGUGUGUACGAUGAUGGAAUCUCGCUACGACAUCGAACGGAAGGGGGGAACUUAUUCACGAUUUUCACGAUUUGACAAGAAAGAAAAGAGGAAAUAUGAAAUCGAUGCGAAAUGGGGAUGGGAAUGGGUUUUGUAUUUGACUUCUUAUAUGCUUUUGCACAUAUCUAUGAUUUUUUGAUUCUGCGUUUGGGAUCGAGAAGGGACUUGAUUUUGCCCUGCAUGAACAUAUAUAUUUGCACCAAUAUGAGCUGAGCGCC